CAUUUUUAAACUAAACAGACCAAAUCUAUGAAGCCAUACCAAAGUAUUACACCAAACACUCAAAACAUCACCCAUCAGUCGCAUUAAGGACGUCUCUUGUAACUUAUGACUUACGGGGUGGAUCAGUAUAUUGGUCGGCUGAUAUUUACCAUUUGUAAUAUAUCUGCAUUGGCCGAUAUACCUCCUUAGUAUAACUGAUUUAAAGACGGGCACAUCCGCGGGCAGAACGUAGAUGCAUAUUUACAUUCCUGAAUAACAUCUGCAUAAAAAAAGCUCUAAAAAUCAUUUUCAACUUAAAUAUCUUUUUAUAUUCCAGUUUUGAACAUGUAAUACUUGGUCAGUUACUUGAUUUGUUUGAUUAACUUUAGAUAGAUGUUGGACUUUAACACGGAGCAGUGCACAAAAUUAAGAUUUAGCAGUGUUCAAAAACCGAUUCAGAUUCAGAAAUUUUGUUCAUCAACAGAUGUGAUUAGUGACAUUUUAUCACGCAUGAAAAUCAACCCAAAAAAAUAAAUCAGCACACGUCGACCAUCUGCUGACCAUGACCUCUAAAUAUCAGUAUCGUCAACCUCUAAUUCCUACGGUAAUAUAGCCAUUUCCUCCUUUUAAUAGUUCAAACUUGCAAGCCUGGCCUGGUUUCAGCGUUGACUGAGCUACAUUAGCUCGGCUGUCAGCAUGACUGGCCUAUAGGAAGAGCCAGAUCCCCUGGGGACCACAGGUGCUGUGGAGCUCAGGGGUCAGGGUCCUCUGAGAACCACUGUGUUUAGUGUGAUUGGUUCUGUUGGACACAGACCUUGGCCCGGAUGGCACUUUAAAGUGGGAUAUAUCCUGCAGAAGCUCUGAUGCUUUUAGAAAAAUGCCCUUCUAGCUUCUAGAACAAAACUCAACAAUGUCAGCCUUCAAAGACAUGCUGGUUUCUGCUGCACUCUUUUCCAUCUUGGGAUUAUUUCACUGUCACAAGUUGCCAAGCUUUGAUCUGCUGGAGGAGUUCCGUGUCCCUGAGACCAAAGGCGUGAGGAGAGUGGAUGGAUCUCAGCCUGAGGCUGUGGCCUACAGAGUCAACCCCUCCAUUCAUCUACGGAAAGCCACAAGUAACGUGUAUCCAGAUGGACUUCCCUCUGAAUACUCCAUCAUUGCAACAUUUAAGGUGACCAACGACACCGCUCAGACAUCCUGGGACCUUUGGCAAGUCAGUGACCCAGAGGGAAGAGAGCAAGUUGGCUUACGUUUCCAGGGUGAGGCACAUUCUUUGGACUUUUUCUACACCAGCCCCCAUGGGAGUCAGAUGUUGAGGACCUUCCAUGGUGUGGGAAAGUUGUUUGAUGGAGAAUGGCACAAGCUGGCUUUGAGCGUAAAGGGCAGCCAAGUGAGGCUGCUUAUAGAUUGUGAGGAGGUUAAGGUGGAGUCUAUCGAUGAGCCAAGACCAGUCAUCCGCCAAGGAUACACCUCCAUUGUCAAGCGAGCUGUGGGAGACCGCUCGGCUUCAGUGGAUCUCCAGCAGAUGGAGGUCUCGUGUGACCCUGAAAAGGCUUAUUCAGAAAACUGCUGUGAGCUCUCCAGCGUGUGUGGAGGAUACGCUGUGAUUGGCCUAACAGCUGGAAGAGCAACUUGCAAGUGUAUGCACGGACAACCUGGCAUUCAGGGCCCUCCAGGGCCAAAAGGUCACAGGGGUCUUCCUGGAAAACCCGGAGACCAAGGAAGACAAGGGAACUGGGGAAUCCGUGGAAUCACCGGAGACUAUGGGAACAUUGGUGAGGCAGGUCUGAAGGGUGAACAAGGAAUCAAAGGCGAAAAAGGGAUGAGGGGAUCCUGGGGGCAAGUGGGGGACAGAGGUCCUAAAGGACUGAAAGGACUAAAGGGGGCAGCAGGUUUUAAGGGAGUUCGAGGACAUCCUGGAGACUUUGGAGAGACUGGGAAGCCAGGAGGAGCUGGUGCUAAAGGCCUCAAAGGAUACGAAGGGAUUCCUGGGUUUCAAGGAGUCAAGGGCCAAAAAGGAAGUACGGGUGUGGCAGGGCGUCCUGGUCCCAGAGGAAAGCAGGGUAUUGUAGGAGAUCCUGGGGAAAGAGGAGCUCCUGGAGAGAAGGGAAAGCCUGGUAUCCAAGGACCUGUAGGCAGAGCUGGCACCUUUGGACCAAAAGGUAUUAUUGGAGAUCCGGGUCUACCUGGCAGAGAUGGUGAUCCUGGUGUAGAGGCGUAUCAAGGACCACAGGGUCGCAGUGGAAAAGUUGGCAGUAGUGGAGUAAAGGGGGAAAAAGGCACCCUGGGAACAGCGGGAGAAAUGGGUCCCCAAGGCCAAACUGGCCCAGUAGGUUACAAGGGCUCUGCAGGAAAGCCAGGAAGACCAGGAUUUAUUGGCCCACCUGGACCUACUGGUCAUGUGGGCGUUUCUGGAAAACCAGGACCUAAGGGUGACACAGGGAUCCAGGGAAUUAAAGGAAAAAAAGCUGCACAGGGAGUAAAAGGAGUUAAGGGCCCAAAGGGAAGGGUGGGAGACAGGGGUGAACAAGGUCCUCAGGGAAAACGAGGAAAGCGUGGUUCUGCAGGUCCACCUGGACGUUCUGGUCCUGUUGGGGUCAAGGGUGUCCGGGGCGAGGGAGGACCUGAUGGUUUCCAGGGACUACCUGGGCCCCCAGGUCCGACUCUCCCAGCUGAGCAUGUGAUUGAGAUCUGUAAGAAGGUGGUCCUGGAGCAGAUGUCCACCUUUGCUAACUCAGUAAAAAGGACCUGUGCUGCUGUUUGUCCUCUCUACGGGGACGUCCCCAUGGGUGUCCCCGGCCCUCCUGGACAGAAAGGACCACCCGGACCUUCUGGGGAUCCUGGUAAUGAUGGCGCUGCUGGGGAAACGGGCCCUCCGGGUUUCUAUGGAGAAGCUGGAGAACCUGGUAGACGAGGAGAACCAGGAGGUAGAGGAGAGCGGGGUGAUAAAGGAGCCAAGGGCUACGGGCUGCCAGGUUAUGCCGGUGAUCAGGGAACAAAAGGUCAGCGUGGACAUGCUGGCAGAGCCUUUAACGGUCAGCCCGGGAGACAAGGGGAGAGGGGACACAUGGGCCAACCGGGACUCAGGGGCCACCCGGGUCUCAGAGGACCUCCGGGGGUCUGCACCACCUCCGGAUGUGCUAAUCUGAACCCCCCCACAGGGACACCCCAGCCGGCACCACGGAGGCUCAGGAACCGCUCCUAAAAAAACUAAUUUAAACAAUGAUCUCAAAUAGCGAAAGAAACAGUUUUGAUUCUUUGUAAAUGUUUGAAUAAAAUGAAAAAUUAUGUAAAUACCACAAAUAAAACGGAAGUUUUAAAAGCUGUGA